AUGGCUGAUAGUGGCAAAUUACUCGAGGCUCCGGCCCAUUCGCGGGUAGCGCCGGUGUCGACGCCUGCACAGAGCAAAUCGACCAAGGUGCAUUAUCCGUUUUGGUUUGGAGGUUCGGCUUCAUGCCUUGCGGCGGGCGUGACGCAUCCGUUAGACUUGGUCAAGGUCCGGUUACAAACACGCGCACCCGAUGCCCCGAAGACUAUGGUGGGCACGUUUGGACAUAUCGUCAGAUAUAAUGGAUUCUUCGCCUUAUACAAUGGUCUCUCUGCUGCCAUGCUGCGUCAGAUGACCUAUUCCACAACACGAUUCGGCAUCUAUGAAGAAUUAAAAUCCCACUUCGCCACACCCUCCCCGAACUCCCCCUCUUCCUCGCCCGGCGUCUUUACUCUCCUCGGCAUGUCAUGUACCGCCGGCUUCAUCGGCGGUGUUGUCGGGAACCCGGCCGACGUGCUCAACGUGCGCAUGCAGUCCGACGCAGCCCUGCCCCCGGCGCAGCGCCGAAACUACCGCCAUGCCUUCCACGGCUUGGCUGAGAUGACCCGGACCGAAGGAUUCAGCUCGCUCUUCCGUGGUGUGUGGCCGAAUUCCACUCGCGCAAUCCUCAUGACUGCCUCGCAAUUGGCCUCUUACGAUACCUUCAAGAAAAUAUGCAUGGACAAGGCCGGUAUGGGCGAUAACAUGGGCACGCACUUUACUGCCUCGUUCAUGGCUGGUUUCGUCGCUACUACUGUCUGCAGUCCCGUUGACGUAAUCAAGACUCGCGUCAUGACUGCCUCCCACGCUGAAGGCCACGGCCAGAGCAUUGUUAGCCUGCUCCGUGACAUCUGCCGCAAGGAAGGUCUGGCGUGGACGUUCCGCGGCUGGGUCCCUAGCUUUAUUCGUCUGGGUCCUCAUACCAUUGCCACGUUCCUUUUCCUCGAGGAGCACAAGAAACUUUACCGGAAGUUGAAGGGCAUCUAG